GCGGCGCACCGCGGUCCGGGUCGCCGGGGUUGGGGGGCCUCCCGGAAGCGGCAGUCGGCGACCGAGGGGCAUGGCGGCCGCGGCGCUGGGGCCGGCCUGGCGCGCUGUGCGCCCCGCGAGCCGGCUGCUGGGAGCGCUGCCCCCGCGCACGAGCGACGCGCCCCGGCGGGCCUUGCUGCUGGCCUUCUGGGCGCUCGCGCCUAUGAGAGCAGAACCUCUGCGAAAGAAGAAGAAGGUGGACCCUAAGAAAGACCAAGCAGCAAAGGAGCGCUUGAAAAAGAGGAUCCGACGACUGGAAAAGGCGAGCCAGGAGCUAAUUCCCAUUGAGGAGUUCAUCGCGCCUGUCAGGUUCCUGAAUAAAGCGAGGGAGCGGCCACCGGUGGAGCUCCCCUUCGAGGAGAGCGAGCGGAGAGCCCUGCUUCUGAAGAAGUGGUCGCUGUACAAGCAGCGCAAGCACGAGAUGGAGAGGGGCACCACUGGGGCCCUGCUCGAGGCCCAGCGGGAAGCUCUGCAGGAGCUGAAGCUCACGGCCCCGGAACUCCAUGCCGAGGCCACCAAGCGGGACCCCAGUCUGUUUCCCUUUGAGAGACGAGGGCCAGACUACACGCCGCCGAUCGCCAACUACCAGCCCCCGGAAGGCAGGUACCACGACAUCACCAAGGUGUACACACAGGUGGAAUUCAAGAGAUAGAGCUGCAGACAGCUGCCCUCAGGUGCUGCCCUCGGGCGCGCACACCGCUGGGCUCUGGCCCACUCAUCACGGGAUCACGCCUGCUGUGAAUAAACGCAUUUAACCAAGAAAAAAAAAGAAUAGGGUAAAUUUGAGGACCUUAAAGAAAAUCAUAGACUAUAGGAAUAGAAGAACUGUGGUGGCGGGAAGGAGAGGAAAAGGAUGUAUUCUACUUGGGACACGUUGAGCAGACUUCCAAGAGGAGACUCUGGGUGGCAAGUUACUAUGUGGGUCUGACUCCAAGAAAGAAGUUGUAGGAAAUAGAAACCGGGGAGUCAGAAGAGUCAGGAGCUAGCCUGUUGUCCCCUAUUGAGAAAAUAGCUUAGGGCCACAUUGGGGACGGUUUGCAAGGGUAGCCCAGGCAUUUGGACCUGAUUCUACAGGCAGUGUGUUUGAACAAGAGGUUUUGAAGAGGGACUUCCCUGGUGGUGCAGUGGUUAAGAAUUCGCCUGCCAAUUCAGGGGACACGGGUUCAAUCCCUGCUCCAGGAAUAUCCCACAUGCUGCGGAGCAACUAAGCCCUUGUGCUACAACUACUGAGCCUGUGUGCUGCAACUACUGAAGCCUGCGUGCCUAGAGUCCAUGCUCCACAACAAGAGAAGCCACUGCACUGAGAAGCCCAGGCACCACAACGAAGAGAAGCCCCUGCUCAUCGCAACUAGAGAAAGCCCGUGCACAGCAACAAAGACCCAACACAGCCAUAAAUAAAUAAAUAAAUUUUUUUUUAAAAAAAGAGAGAUUUAGAAGAGGAAGUGACACAAUUCAAACUGGGCUCUAGUAUGUGGAGGAAAGACUCAGGUUGGAGCAGAGGAAGUUGCCUGUGGCAGAGGUGGCAAAAGGGAUGGAGAAGGAGGGCACAUGUGAGAGGUGCUGAGGAGGCACACACAACAGGACCAGGGCAGCCGGUUGGAUCUCAUAGCAUGACAGGGCUGUGCUGGAGUUGUCUCAUACCAGCUCACCAGAGCCAACAGUUAAAUUUUCAGGAAUUUUCUGAGCCACUUGUUAAAAACAGCCAUUAUAGGGACUUCCCUGGUGGUCCAGCAGAUAAAACUCUGUGCUCCCAAUGCAGGGUUUGAUCGCUGGUCAGGGAACUAGAUCCUACACACCGCAAUGAAGAUCCUGCACACAGCAACGAAGAUCCUGCAUGCUGUAACUAAGACCUCGCACAGUCAAAUAAAUAAAUAAAUAAUUUUUAAAAUAGCCAUUAUAAAAAAUGUAAAAUGGGGGAUGGGCAAGAUGGGGUGUGGGAUUAAGAGAUACAAAUGACUAUGUAUAAAAUAAAUUAGCAACAAGGAUAUAUUGUACAGCAUAGGGAA